GUUACUCAAAGAUAAGAGUAAGAACUGGUUUCCUUUGGCCAAAUUUGUAGGUGUUUGAGUGUUUCGUUGUUUGGAAUUUGAAGAAUUUCAUUGUGACUGAGCUGUGCAAUAAUGGAAGCACUAUCUCUUCCUACAAACAGUCUUACAAAUUCCAAUGCCAAGUACAUUUCUCUGAGUGCUGUUACUAAUUAUGCCUCGCUCUCUUCCUUACAACUCAAUCCUUCUUACACAACCAGACCCCUCACUUUGAGUGUUGUUCGAGUGCGAGCUGAGAGUGAGGAUUAUGAAUUGAAGCAAAUGAGGGACAUGGCUGCUGCCAGAAAGAGAUGGGAAGCUCUGGUCAGGGAUGGAAAAGUUAAAGUUCUUACUCCAAGGGAAGCUGGGUAUGCAGUUCAGCUUUCGAACAAGCCCCUUCUUGAUGUUCGUCCCUCAAAUGAACACAACAAGGCAUGGGUGAGAGCUUCAACCUGGAUUCCAAUAUUUGAUGUUGAUUAUAAGCUAGAUGUUGGAACCAUUCCCACAAAAAUCACAAAUUUCGUUAUGGGAGGUUGGUGGAGUGGAAUGCCUACACUGUCGUAUGAUAGCCAGUUCUUAGCCAAAGUUGUGGAGAAGUUCCCCAAAGAUACAGAAUUAAUUGUUGCAUGCCAGAAGGGACUGAGAUCGCUUGCUGCUUGUGAACUACUAUAUAAUGCUGGCUACAAAAAUCUGUUCUGGGUUCAAGGAGGCUUAGAGGCUGCUGAAGAAGAGGAUCUCAUCGUAGAGGGUCCAGUGCCUCUUAAGUUUGCCGGAAUCGGUGGUGUUUCAGAAUUCCUUGGUUGGACUGAUCAACAAAGAGCUGCUGCAGCCAAGGAAGGUUGGGGAUAUAGAUUAGUGUUCUCUGCACGCCUGCUUGGAGUCAUUCUUGUUGGCGAUGCGCUAUUUAUCGGUGCUCAGCAAAUCGGUCGCUAUCUUCAGGAUAUCAGGACCCAUUGAGGUUCUAUGGCUGCCUUGAAGUCAUUGAUUAAUAUUCCUGGAGACGAUGUUCCUUGUUGUGGAUGAGUGCAUGUAGAGACAACAUACUAAGGAACUAAAUUUUGGAAGCUGAUCCUUGGCAAAGACUUACUACUACCCAUCCUUUAGUUAAAUAUGAUUUACCAGCAGGUGCUUUCUGAAAUUUUAUGUGGUAAUUGCCUCAUUCCAUUUUUAGUCACUACUGGAUUGUAAAUGCAAGUUUAGUUGGGCAGUCAUUUUAAUUUAGGUUUCUUCCAUGUGGCUGUGUACUAAUACGUUUUUUGGGCCAAAUGCUUGUAUUUUUCUUUUAGAAAUUUCCAAAAGAAAAAGAAAAUAAAUCAUUUUUGUCAUGUUACUGCUCCAAUGAUGUUACUGUUAUGGUAAAUGUGUCAGUAUUGUAACUUGCAGUGGUUGAUAUACUAGGUGAAUUCUGAACCCUGAUUAUAUUGUUGCAGAAGCCCUC